CCGAGCAGCUCUGUUACGUCCAUUGCAACUUCUGCGACACUGUCCUCGCGGUGAGUGUUCCUUGCACCAGUUUGUUCAAGACUGUUACCGUUCGAUGUGGCCACUGCACCAACCUUCUGUCUGUAAACAUGCGAAGCCUCCUUCUUCCUGCGGCUAAUCAGCUUCAUCUUGGACAUACUUUCUUCUCUCCCCAAAAUCUUCUGGAGGAAAUUCGAGGCUCGCACACAAAUUUGUUGAUCAAUCAGCCCAAUCCCUAUGAGUCAAUCAUGCCGGUUCGAGGAAUUGAUGAGCUUCCUAAGCCUCCAGUGGCUAACAGACCUCCGGAGAAGCGACCGAGAGUGCCAUCUGCCUACAACAGGUUCAUCAAGGACGAGAUCCAACGUAUUAAAACUGUAAAUCCUGAUAUAAGUCACAGGGAGGCCUUCAGUGCAGCUGCAAAGAAUUGGGCCCACUUCCCACACAUUCACUUCGGACUCAUGCCUGAUCAACCCGUGAUCAAAAAGGCAAAUGUGUGCCAACAGGAUGGAGAGGACGUUCUCAUGAAAGAUGGGUUUCUCUCUCCAGCCAAUGUGGGUAUGUCCCCCUACUAAGAACGUAGGUGAAGAUGUUAGGGUUUCUUUGCUAAUCUUUCCUGUAUGUGAAAAACCAACAAUCUUUGGUUUUCUGUGAUUAGGGUUUUCUUUAUGCUGUCUUCAACAAGACUCUUAGCAAUCUGUGUUGCUUGGUGUCUGUCAUUAAUGGUGGGAAAUGAGUCAAGUGUAGCGAUUCAUCUUUGUAGAACCCAUCUGAAUUGAGGCUCUUCAGUAUUGAUAGAUAUCAUGCAUUUUGUAUCUUUGAACCUUUUCAUAUCACUACUUAUCUCUAUGUUUGAAUUCUGUUGCUGAACUGUCCUUAUAAGCA